UGGCUCUUUCAAACCGACAUUUGCAUAUAGAAGCGUUGCGUCAUCGGCACAAUCGACACCAACCGCCGCUCGCAGAAGCGCACGCGCCGCCGGCGGCGCAGCAGCGCCUCCCCCCUCCCAGUCAGUCAGUCAAUAACCAACGGCCGCAGUAAACAAGAAUAGGAACAAUAAAAAGAGGGAGGGAGGAAAAAAAGGCGUGGUCCCUCGCAUUAACUUGCAGCCUCCCCCACCCACCCACCCACCGCCACAUUCCCGACUGAAGGGGGCGCGUGAGGGUAAACUCAUUCACGGCGGUUAGAUUAGACGACAAACCGACGAACGACGCCCCGGGGGGAGGGAUGGGUGUUAAUGUAAAUGAGAUGAGGAAUACGAAGAGGAGGAGGGAAGAGAAGUAGAAAGGAGGAGGAGGAGGAGGGGGGCGGAGGUAUUUUCUUAAAAAAAAGGCCCCCCCCAAAAAAUUAUAUGUAUAUAAAUAUCUCUAUAUUUUUUAAAAAAUAAGUUAAAGAGAAAGCAGAGAGAAAAAAACGGCGAGUUCACUUCUCGGACAGUGGAAAAAGGAGGAUCUAAAGUGAAGCUCUGAAUGGUGUGAGGGAAAUAGAGUGAAAGAAAUUCCGAGAUGGAUGCCAGUGAAGAGCUGCCAAAAAAGGUCUUCAAGGCCAGAAAGACCAUGCGUGCAAGUGACCGACAGCAACUAGAGGCCAUAUACAAGAGCAGAGAGGAACAUUUGAAAUCUAACGAUGAGAGCAAACCUAAACUGUGCAAUGGCAAACAUGAAAAUGGGGAUUCUGAUGGCAAAAACUUGCUAAAUACAAACUGCAUGGAUGAUGUGGACGGCAUUAAUGAUGUGAGGCUGGGCCCCGAAGAAUUGCAAGGCAAUUCCAUUGAUGAAAUUGUCACAAAUGUACCUGAACUAAGCACUGAUGACAGAUGUCUUGAACAAGAGGACUCCGCACCAAAACCUAAGAAAAUGGACUCAAAACCCAUGGUUGCUGUGGGCGAGCAGCAGAUUCCAACUGUGAGUAGCGAUACUGAGACCCAUGCCUUGCUCAGCAAUACUAGCCGAGGAGAGGCCUCGGUAAGGCUGGAGAGUGGGGAGUUGACGCAGGAGUUGUUAGUUGUGGAUCGAUCGUGUACGGAUUCCCAAAGCCUUUCAGAAGAGAAAAGGAUACCUUCUGACAGUAACAGCAGGAGUCAGAAAGUGACAGAUGAAAACAGCCUUAAGUUACAGUCUUCCUCUCCCUCUGUGAGAGAUAAGGAAGACUCCAAAAAUUUGCUGGACAUUAGUGAGGAGGCAAUAACUAGUAGCAUCGAGUCUGUGCAGGAGAAGGAGGGUUGUGAAGAAUCGAAGAUGGAGUGUAUGGGAGCUGGAGGUGGCAAUGUAGAUAAAGACAAGACAAGCGAGAGGAAAUCUACUGGCAACAUCCAACUGCAAAUGGAAGAAAUAAUCCCGAUAUUGGAGAAACUGGCCCCGGAGAAGGAAAAUAAUUUAUCCAACGACCAAAAUGAUGUACCUCCCAUUCCUUCCCCCGCACCAAUGGACAGUCCAUUUAGUGAGUUGCAAGACGAGCAAAUGGAAGCUUCCGCGAGCAGUUCUCCAACAAAAGAGGACUGCAAUGGCAACUUGCCCGAGGGAGCCUUCCUUGUCUUGUCCGAUGAAGAUGAGCCAGUAAUCGAGAUGCCACCUGAAGUCGAAGAGGUGGUAUUGAAAGUUGAGAGCCGAGAUAAAGAUCACAAAGAGCAAACUGCUGAGACGACACAAGAGCCAGAACCAAAUGAAGUUGUUACCCGCAAAAGGUUCAAGUCCGAGGACAUGGAGGGCAGCAUAUCCAAGCGACGUCGUUUUUCUGGAGAGGAGUAUGAAGCUGCUUUAAAGGUCAAGAUCACCGCCAGAGGAGAAAUCCACGAAACACUGGAAAAGAUCGUUCAGCAAAUAAUCCAGGAGCGGCUCAGUUCCAUGCAGAGUGGGGUCUUCGAAAAGAAGCUUGCGGAGCUGAAGAAACGCGUGGAAAAGAUCGAGUGCAACAAGAGGCAUGAAUCUUUAAUCAGCAGCUUACAGGCAAAGCUAAUGCAGAUCGAAAAAAAACUGGGAUCAGCCGAUCAGGCUCGAAAUUCCUCUGCUGUGAAGAAAGCACAAGAGAUGCCUGCGCUCUUUCAGCCACAAAUACAGUUUGAUUUGGACAUCAAAGACACACUCACGUUGGCAGAGAAAGCUCAGAGGCAGCAAUUUGGCAAGAUCCUUGUGGAUAAGGAGCAAAUCCCACAGCGGGAUAGUAGGAUUUCCUGGAAUUCACUGAGCCAGGCUGCGGUAGAGAAAAGAGGGGUUGUGUUUCAAGAUAGGACGGUCUAUAUUACAUUUCACAAGCCGAUUACAAAGAAGCAACAGAACUCGUUGCCGGGGUAUAAGAUAGUCUCUCGUAGAUUUGACAGCCCUGUGCCAAAAAAGCAGCAGGCUCCACCGCAAGAGGGCCAAGCUCCCUAUCACACCGUCGAGUCUGGUCCAGAGAAACGAAUGGUCGUCGUUCCAGAUCGACGAUUGUCAGAAACAUCGGGCAAGCCGAUCGUGUUGACGGAGCAAGUUCUCUUGGAACCCAAUCACACUGCACAGAGUAAAUGUGCUAAAUCUACUGCGGGCAGAUUUAUUGCCUUCCGCAGUCAUAGAUUCGGUAAGUGUACAGUAAAGCACGAAGUCCCAUUGCACAAGUGUAGGACAUCAGCGGGCAAACCUAUCGUGUUAAAACAACAAUCUUCAAAGCAGUGCCGUGCAGCACAGUAUACUGCACUUAUCCAGCGUGUUGCUGAUGCACAACCAGUUAUGUUACGCAAUAAUAGUUUUACUAAACUUAGCCUGAAGCGGGAAGCUCCAUUACAAGAUUGGCACGACAAUAGAAUUUCGGCUCUAUCAAACGCACUGGUUAUGGUAAAGCAGCAGCCUCUAUCGCUGUGUAAUGGAGCUGGCCCUACACAUGGGCAUUCCACUACAGAUAAAACCCAGAUUGCUUUACCAGAUAAUCUGACUCACUCUCAUACAGUUUUGGAAUCCAAAGUGGAGCUUCCGUUACAAGUGGGUAAAAAUUCCAUGAAGGCUUUUGUUGAGUUACCUCCAGAGAAACAACUUGUCAAGAAAAAGCAAGAGCUUCCUCUGCAAAGGUAUUGCAGUCUGUACAGGAGCUCAGCAAAGUCUAUUACACAACCUCACGUGGUGUUGCGUGAGAGCAAGAUGCCCUGUGAUGCUCUCAGUGGGCCUGUUGUAGAGUAUAAGAGUGUAAUAUCUGAGGAGCUUCAGACUCCUUGCAGUGUAUUGAGCGAGCCAGUUACAGAGCAUCACCCUCCUGUGUUGCAAGAGUCCAGGGCUCCUUGUGUAGAAUCAAAGAUUCCUCUGCCAGAUAACAGCACUCUGUACGAGCUGUGUAACCCUGUGGCAGAAAGCAAGACCCAGGUGAUUGUACAGGAUAGUAGCAUUCCCUACAAUACCAAGAGAGCCACGGCCUGGGGAGUGAGAGCCUGGGACGAAUGGGCAAAGAAACAGAAUCGUUACCUGAUGGAGAAAACUCUGAAAAACGAUGAGUCCUUCCUUUACGUGCCCUCACUGUCUCACGAGAUAACUCACGGUGAACUGAGUUUCUGGUUGUGUCGCUUUGUGGAAGAAGUCCGUCGGCAGGACGGAUCCUUGUACCCGCCCAACUCUCUCCGGCUGCUUUGUUGCUCCAUCCUCCGCUACCUGCGGGAAACCUGCAAGCGAUUGGACAUCGAUUUCUUCAACAAGUAUAACCUGGAGUAUAGUGAAUUCCGCACUGUCCUGGAGCACCGGAUGAAACAACUCAAACAGCAAGGAAUCGGGAUGGUGAGGAAACAGGCACAGCCUUACACAGAAGAGGAAGAGGAGAACCUGUGGCGAGUUGUAUUUCACCUCCAAGACGCUAAGAGCUACAGUUACGCCGUGUAUUUCUACCUGUGUAAAGUGUUUGGCGUGCAUGCUGCAGCCGAGCACAACAAACUGACAGUUGAUCAGUUUAGCUUUGCCAGCGACGAGGUGGGAGAAUACCUGGAGUUUGUGGCCAGACCGUACAGAGACGGAAUCCAGAGGACAAAGAGACACACUCGUCAGUACGCGGACUUGUCCAAUCCGAGGUGCAUAGUUUCUGUGUUUCGUCGCUAUCUCGGUAUGAUUCCCGGCGAGGGCCCAUUUUAUCGCCGACCCCUUCCCGGGCGCUUGGAGCUGUGCCGACAGGCCAUCGGAGUUCACACUCUGGAGAGGUACUCCAAGGAGAUCUGUGAGGCGGGCAACAUUAAAGGCCGUCACACUGGCCAGUCUGGAAGGGUCAGCAGUGUAGCUGCCCUUCACAGUCGUGGCUUUGAUGAGGAGCUAAUUAAGGAACGAAUGGGAAAUGGCAGUAAUGCAAUGAUGUCCUACAAAAAGACUCAAAUGAAGGCUGUAUCUGACUGUUUGCAGCCUCCAAACCCUUUGAAGAAGAUCUCAGCUUGUUCAAAGCCGUCCUCUUCCUCAAGAGAACCAACUGUUUUUGCAAGGGAAGCUGCGAGUGCGGUCACCAAGGCCGAGGCAACGGUUCUGGAGCAGGAAGCAUUGGGGACCUGAAUUGCCUUAUAGUACACACUCAGCAUUCUCAGUGUCUUCUGCUGAACCUACAGCAGCAUCACCAGCUCCUUGUGCUGCUAAACAUCUCACAGUAGUGAGCAAAGACACAGUUAGAUUGUAAGAAUGUCAACCAAUAAACUGACCAGGAGGGAAAAUCCCCAAAUGGUGUGGUUCCUGCUUUCUCAAUACACAGCAGUAUUUGUGUUAGAGUUGUGGAGAAGACUGUGUCUUAUUGAAACUCCCUCCCACCUGCAAGAGGCUUCAUAUGAGAUGAGGACUGGGGCAUGGCCGCACUACAUUUUAAGAGUGGUAUUUUACACUUGGCUAGAGUGUGAAAUGUUUAGUCAGUUUACAAGACAAAUCUUUUAAAGCACUUUCUCUUACUGAUGAUGCUAAAUGAAUUCCUGUGUGUGUGUGCACGCGCACGUUUGUGUCAGUGAAGUUAUUUUUUUCUUGUGUUUAAUGAGUAACUGAAGUUUUAACACAAUGUUAACUGUGUGUCUUCACAAUUAAAGAUUCUUCAAGCCUG